CAAAAAACAUACAACACCGGGCAUUCGCCGGUCGUCACCGACCCGACUACUACUCCAGCCCUCAUUGGCUUAUCUAUGGGGGAGCGGACGGGAUCCCGAGUUUUCCAAUGGGUAUGGUCGUAUGUGCCUGCAAAAGGCAUUAGAGCCGUAUAUAAAAGAACCCCUCCGGUAAUGCCUAGUCAGUGCCUAGUCAGGGGACGGUCGCUGGAGAGAUGCCUUGCCAAAGGCUCAGCCUGCGAACGCGGAGACAGAUACGCGGGGCGGUCGAGGCAUCGGAUGGCUGUGGAGGCUGGACGUGGUGAGUGA